AUGUCGACCAUCACUCCCCAGGCGAUGCAGAGCUCGCAGCCUCCGAUAUACCCUCUGCCUUUUAACGCCCGGCAGCCAGAGACAAUCCGUCUGUAUCCUCUUUCUAAUUAUACCUUCGGUGUCAAGGAGACUCAACCAGAGGAGGAUCCGAGCGUGCUGGCGCGGCUGAAGCGCCUGGAGGAGCACUAUCAACAGUAUGGCAUGCGCCGCACCUGCGAGGGCGUUCUGGUAUGCCAUGAACACAACCACCCGCACAUCCUGAUGCUGCAGAUUGCGAAUGCCUUCUUCAAGCUCCCAGGCGACUAUCUGCGCCCGGACGACGACGAGAUUGAGGGUUUCAAGGCUCGCCUCGAUGAGCGUCUCGCUCCCGUUGGCAGCCUCGGUGAGGGCAACAAGGCUGGGGACUGGCAGAUUGGCGACUGCCUUGCCCAGUGGUGGCGCCCCAACUUUGAGACUUUCAUGUAUCCGUUCGUGCCGGCGCACAUCACGCGACCUAAAGAGUGCAAGAAGCUGUAUUUUAUCCAGCUUCCCGAGACCAAGGUUCUGAGCGUUCCCAAGAACAUGAAGCUGCUUGCUGUUCCCCUGUUCGAGCUAUACGAUAAUACCCAGAGAUACGGUCCCCAGCUGUCGGCCAUUCCUCAUUUGCUCAGCCGGUACAAUUUUGAAUUCGUCGACGAGAACGGCGAGGUAGUUGCCGUGACUCCCGGUGCGCCAGCAAGCCCGCAAGGCUACGUGCCCAAGACCAAAGUCUUGGCUGGAGGCGACGACGUUGACAUGAAGCAGGAAAAUGGGACGCACUAA